UACUUUGAGUUUGAAGCUGACGGAAGGCGAAGGACAGGUGGACCGUAGAAGACGCGGUAUCGCUGUCAUUGAGAGUGACUACAAUGUGAGCACAUCUGACUCGACUUCUGCAUGGUUUUCAGACUUUGUGGGCCUGUCAAUGCUGUUAUGUGGCUGUCGGCAACCGUAACGUUGAAAACAACUACAGAGUAGACCUACAGUACCAAGUAGUUGGACCAAGGACAUUUACUAUUCAUUUCCACACCGCGACUUCAGGCCCACUGCAGUGUGGGCAGUGAUGAUGACCCAGCAACGCUGAUAACUAGUCUACGACUAGCAUUUGCAAAUUGGCUUGCCGCUGUUCCUCGCACUGGCGCUGGAUACCAACUCCACUCAUUCGGACGCGUUCAACAAAACCAGACCUGUAGGCUGUAACCUAGUGUAGGGAGUCAACAAAAGUACACAGACGAUCGGGAAAGACAUGAGCUCUUUCGCUAACGGCGCCUCCAGCAGCACGUCCUCUUCACAGCGAGGUAGAGCGCGCAAGCAGCGUUCGCAACGUCGCAAUCAUCAACGCGUGGACGAGGCAGCAACACCUGAGAGAAAGUCGGAUGACUCAAUCACAGGAGCAGGCGAUGGCCCUGACAGCAUUGUUACCAUGGUUACUGGUAGAGGCAGUCCUGAUCCUCAGAAUCAGGAUUACAGUCCAGGAACGGUGACGAUGAAUACAUCCGGUGCUCAGGUGGAUUCCAGUCCACAAUCAAGCGGAGGGCCAUCUCCACCACCAGCAAAGCGCGCACGCCAACCGGUGCCCUACAAUGACACGGCCACCGAGAAGACGACGACAAUGGAUGGAGUAGACGGCAAACUAGAACGGGAUGGGAGCAGCCAGCCAUUGGCAGCGAUGGCUUCGCUAGAUGAAGAGACAGCGCGCCGGACCGUCUUGGUGCGUGGCUUGCCGCAAAGUGUGGACGAAUAUGAGCUGGAGGCCUUCUUUCAGAGCAGCAAGCAAGGAGCUCAAGGGGAUGUUGAGAGUUUGACUAUGGCUGGGCAAGGUCGAGCCCAUGUGACCUUCGAGGAUCCAAACGAUGCACAACGUGUAGUCAGUGUGAAAUCGCACAUUAUCAAGGGCAUGCAGAUCAAGGUAGAGCCGUACUACCCGCCAACAGUCCAUCCAGCAAUGCAGCAACCUACCGCGGGUCUGAAGCCUGGCUCCAGUCAAGCCGGCCGAGCUGCUGUCGACUCUUGGACAGCAAAGUUCAAUGCUUUGGAGCAAGGCGGACGUUCGGAAGGAUCCUCCGGCAGUCAGACUGCAAGCAUGACAUCUGGACAUCAACAGAAGCAGCAGAUGCAGCAGAUAGAGGACACGCCACACAGGUUUUUUCCACAACAGCUUGGCCAGAGAGGCCCUGUCAGUCAACAGCAGGAUACCCUGGGUAGACACGAUGGUACCAUUGGAUUCCCACGGCCUCGCCCUCAAGGUGAAGCGCACAACAUCCAUGUUGCAAUGCAAGAAACUGGUGCCAUGGCUGGAGCAGCGGGUUAUGCCAGCGUCAGCAGUGCGUCGAGCGGUGCUGUAUUGCAAGAUGCUGGUGCCAUGGCCACUCCACCGCGUGGUGGCAAUCAAACAAGCAAUGCUGGAUGCACUGUGGUUGUUUCAUCUGCUGGCAAAGACCUACCCGAUGCAGAAACACUUGAGAUGUACUUUGAAAGCACCAGAAAGUCAGGUGGCGGGUGUGGAGCUGAGGUGCAUCAGAUCUCCACCAACAUAGCACACGUCAAAUUUGAAAGUGCUGAAACGGCUACCCGUGUGUCACAACGUGAGCACCAAUUCAAAGGGGUCGAGAUGACGGUGGCCAUUUUAGUAGCAGAAGAGCCAGCUGCAGUCGAGGAGCCGUCGGCAACAAUAUUAGUGAGUGCUCUACCAGAGAAUGUUGACGAGGACGAUCUGGAGAUGUACUUUGACAACAAAAAACGCUCUGGUGGAGGAGAUGUGUCACGUGUCGAGAUGGCCAGUGAUGGCACCGAGGCACUUGUUACGUUCACAGAUCCCGCAGUGGCUGCCUCGGUGUGCGAGCGUCCUUCUCAUGUGAUUCGCAAACAGAGAGUGUCGGUGCGCAGGGCAUCCCCAGGAGAACCCUUUGCCGCACACACGACUGGUGAGCCGUGUCUGAUCGUGUCCGGCUUCACGGACAGCAUGGACAGGGACACGCUGGAGCUGUAUUUCGAGAGCGCCAAGAAGUCUGGCGGCGGGGAGAUGGCUGACUUCAUCUUCAACAGCGACAGCAGCACAGCCAUGAUCUUUUUCGAAUCACCAAGUGUUCUCCAGCGGGCUGCUGACCGCUCUCACACCCUCUGUAACCAGCGACUACAAGUGGAAAGUGCCUUGGGCACGCGUGACGGCACCACAACCAGUGCAAACAUGACAGGCAGGGACGCCUCCGCAGCACAAGCAAGUCCUGACAGUGGUGAAUACGAGACGAACAAGGUGAUCCUGUUCGACAUACCAGCAGCAGCAGAUGAAGAGCACAUCAAGUUUUACUUCGGUGCUGCUUUCCCCGGCCGGGGUGUUGUGCAGGACAUGGAAAUUGAGCCCUACCCGCAGAACAGCCGUGCGUUGAUAACAACUCCCGGGCAGAUCGAUUUUCCCAGUUUGGAGAAGUACGUAAAGGAGCAGAAACUCGCUAAAGAAAAUGUCAGUGUGCGCCGAGUGCGACGGUCGAACUGUUUGCGCUUGAGAAACGCCGUUGAGGUGACUGCUGAUGCGGAGGUUGUGGCGCUGGUUUUCAAGUCCAGCAUGCAAAUUGACGUGGACUUCAGUAUCAAGGAUGGUGCUUUUGAUGUGAAGUUCCCAUCGCAUCAUGAUGCUCAACGGGCUUUGAGCCAGCAGUACAAGCUACGUCACAAGGUUUUGGACUUUCACCCUGUGAUUGCGGGACUCGAUUACCCAUACGAUGAAGGUGACGCCAGGCACUUUGUCUGCGACGUGUCGGAUGCACAGGUGGUAGAAGUUUCAGUGGACCGGAACUACUUGAGGUUCUUCAACAAGUGUACCGGCUCUUGGCAGCGACUGGAGGAGCGUCUGAGGCGAGCUCACUCGCAGAUAGAUGUAGUCGACACUCCAACUCCUCUGCUACGUGUUACGCCGGUGGAGGGAAAGAGUGGCAUGUAUGGUUGGAAGAAGAAUGCAACAGCUGCACUAUCAGAUUUUCUGAAGGGCCUGAGCACUGUCACGUUCAAUGUUCUGACGGAUGUGUACAAGGAGUCGGUUGGCAAUGGUCGCCUUCAAAUUGCCUUGCGUCAGUACCAGAACAUCAUCGUCCACUACGAAGAAGCUGAGCAUUCUAUUUCCCUUGCUGGUGAACUACAGGCUGUCAGUGCAGCGCGGAAUGAUGCAAUGACAAUGCUGCUAGAAGUGGAGACAUCGCUGACUGAACGCGUAGACGAGUUCAUGAAAUUGCGGCCAGUACACCGGGCCUUUGUUGAACAAGUUGGCAUUCUUCAGCGCCCUGACAUGUCUUCAGUGGAGAUGAAAUUCGUGAAGAACGGAAAGAACAGAGGGUCACUGAUGGUUCAGGGUCCCCGUCACCAUGUGAAAGAAAUCAGUAACAAGCUAUUGGCGUUGACGCAGCAAGUGAUGGAGACGCGGCUGGUCAUUCAGCACCCAGAGGCUGCAGCUCUGUUGGCCUCGGACUUAGGCCAGAGCUAUAUGAUGUCCGUUGCCAAGGCUUUCCGCGAAGAUCUGGAGACAAUUGUAUUUGUGUCCGCUGGGGCCAAGGAAAAUCAGAUCGGCUUGGUUGGCUGGAACAGUGAUGAGCAAGACUUGGUGGAAAUCAAGACCCGGCUUGAGGAUAGCUGCACAACAUCAACCAUCCACCUGCAACCGCAUGAAGCUGAGACACUCAGCUCAAGCGAGUGGCGAACACUUCUGGCCGAAAUGAAGAAGCAGUACUUGGUUGAAAUCACCAACGGUUCGGUGCGUGACUCCGAUGUGAUGCUGUGUGGCGUGAAUGUUCAUUUUGCAGCGGUGAAGGGGCACAUUGCAGAGUUCAUGUUGGAGCACGCUGUCUUGUCUGCCAACAUUGAGAUCAGCGUUGGGGAGGAACGAUGCAUUAAAACCUACAUGCGAGACGAUGUGGCAUCUGUAAAGAAGCAGUGUAUGCUGCCUCGUGUUGAUGUGAGUGGCACGGCCAUCACCUUCCGAGGUAAUGUCCGAAAUGUACAAAAGGCCAAGGAGGCCUUUGGCUCUCUGCUCAAACGCAUUUUCAACGACUGCUUCCAAGUCCAGAAGCCUGGCAUCCAGCAGCUCUUCCAGAACAGCAAAACAAUCAAGCACCUGAAAGACAUUGAGUCCUCCCACAAGGUCAUUAUCCAGUCCGGUAACGCUACUGCAGAGGGGACUUCAGGAGAAGCGGGUGCUGCUGCAUCUCAGACUCUGGUCGAAGGCACGCUGCUGCCGAGUGGAGGUCUAGUGCGCGUGGUGAGAGGAGACAUCACACGGCACAGCUGCGACGCUGUCGUCAACGCCGCCAACGAUCGCUUGCAGCACGUCGGCGGUGUAGCGCGUGCACUGGUGCAGCGCGGUGGGCGUAGCAUCCAAGACGAGUGUGACAAGGUCAUGCGCGGCAAGGCUGCUCUGCAGCCUGGUGAGGUGGUCUGCACAAAGCCAGGCACUCUCGACUGCAAGCUUCUCAUCCACGCAGUAGGACCAAGGUUCCACAACGGCUAUAGCGGCGAGGAGAAGGACUUGGAGAAAGCCGCACGGAACUGCCUCCAGGCUGCAGCUAAGAACAAAUGCAGAUCCGUAGCCAUGCCAGCCAUUAGCACUGGUGUGUUUGGAUACCCAUCCAAAGACGCCGCCAUAGUCCUGCUGCGUACUGUAGUUGACUAUCUGAAGAACAAUGGAAAAGCUGGGUCUGUGAAGGAAGUUCACUUUGUUGACCAAAGUCCUGAAAUAGUGGAUACGUUCAAGGCUCUGAUCAGCAAUGGCUUUCCGGCAUCUCAGGUUCACUACCCAGGGAUGCCUUCAUCACGUGGCAUCAGUGCUAGUGGGCAUGGCGGUGAACGGCCUGGUUAUCAUGCGGAGCCGCCUGGUGCUGGGAGUCGUCCGACGCGAAAACAAGGCGGAGGUAACAAACCCGGCAGACGAGGAAGAUCUGCAAGGAGUCAACAAACUGUGCAACCAGGAGCUCCACCAUUCGAAGCACCUCCUUCGGGCAUUAGCCAAGUCAGGACUACUGAGCAGAAGACUAUUAUCGUCCGACAAGGUGAUCUCUGCCAGGAACAGGCCGAUGUCCUUGUCAACACAGCGGCCAAGAACUUGAAUCUCUCCAAUGGCCUGGUUGCUAAGGCGUUGCUGACUGCCGCAGGCCAAUCACUGCAGACCGAGUGUACUACAUACGUGCAGACAUAUGGUGAUGUGCCAGUUGGCGGGUUUGCUGCGACGGGUGGUCACGGUCUGACAGGUUGCAAGUUCAUCUUCCAUUCAGUUGGCGAUCACUACAGUCACGGCAAAGGAUCUCAGUCUUUGCAAGACAUGGUGAUGGCCUGCCUGAUUGAGGCUAACAGCCGUGGCCUUACAUCAAUUGUCUUUCCGUCACUUGGCGCCGGCAAUCUUGGCUUCCCACCAGCGGAAUCGGCACAGCUUAUGUUCAAUGCAGCGCAGGCCUUCAGCCAGCAACACCCCAACGGCUCUCUCACAGAGAUACGGUUUGUCAUCUUCGAUAAUCAAGUCCUGCAAGCUUUUCAUGCGGAAGCCUUCAAACACAGCAGUCCGUCUCCUUCAGCAGCGGCAGAGAUGGACCCGGGCGAAUUAGAGCAUCUUCCGAUGGUGAACACUAGGUCUGCUGCUGCUGCUGCUGCUGCAACUGGUCCAGUGUAUAUUCAGAAAGACAGUGAUGUGCUCUGCGGGAAAGUCCCACGCUCCUCGGUUCAGCUCCACCUCUUCAAGGGUGACAUUGUGAAGGAAAACGCCGAUGCAGUCAUCGUGUCUGUUGACAGCAGCCUCGAUUUGUCCAAGGGCAUUGUGUCCAAGAGGAUCGUGGAGAUAGCUGGAGCUAGUAUUCAGCAACAAUGUCGGGAUAUCACACAGCAAGGCCAAUUGCAAUCGGGGAGUGUUGUCCAGGUAGAUGGUGGAAAGUUUUGCAAACAUCUAGUGUUGGCCGUGUGUGCUGAUCACAGUUCCGGAGUGGACCUCCUAGAGGACACCGUGUACAGAGCACUGAAGGCGGCCGACCAGUGCAGAGCUACUAGAGUUGCCAUGCCUGCUCUUGGCACGGGCAUCCUCGGAUUCACACCCCGAGACAGUGCAGAAGCCAUUGUCCGUGCCCUGAAGAUGUUUGCACCGCAGGCUCAGUCUGUCCAGGUUGUGCGCCUGCCUCUGUAUGAUGAUAAGAGCCUGCGCCCGUUCCAGGAUGAAGUCAACGAUGAGCUAGACCAAGUGGUGAUUGCCCGAGAUGACUCCCUUUUAGCCGCUGGCAAGCGCUUAAUGGCUAGCUUCGGAUUGACAACUGGAAGCAACCCAAGUGCACCACCCUCGGCUGUAGCAGCAGCAAACGAUGCUAUGGCAGCUUUCCGGAGCAGCGGCCGCUACAGCGUUGAAGAAGAGCCACUGGUUCUAAACGUGUACAGUUUGGACCGAGGAAAUAUGAAAAAAGCCAUGACCAAUAUCCAGUCUCUUUGUGAUGACAACUAUAGGACUACGGACUUAUCUCAAGACACUUCGGCACUUCGUGACUCUGAUCUUGAGAAGAUCCUUGGCUUUCAGCAGAAACUCAACAUCCACCUGCAGAUCAGUCAAGACAAGGUUGUGAUCAGUGGCGACAAGGAGGGCGUUGUCGAAGCCAAAGGUCAGCUGAUGGAGAUAAUCAAUUCGGCAAAGAUGAGAGAGAUGGAGUUGAAGCAUGCCACCAGCAUCGCAAAAUCAGUUCAGUGGUGCUACAAGACAGCUGGAUCCUCGCUGGAACAGAACUACUCACUGACUGACAACAUGCACUUGGAAGAGGCCUAUCAGGACUAUAUGACACGAAGGGGUCCUGUUCUGGGAAAGAUUGCUGGAACCACACGUCGGGAGGUCGACUUCCGAACAAUGAAGGAACUUGUCAAUAGCCAAUUGACAGCUGUGGUGAUCCGGAAUGACCUGACAAAAAAAGAUCUCACUCCUAGUCACUGGGAUCUAAAGGCAGGUGGCACCCUUGUGCAACUCACGAAAAGCGACCCAGAAUACCAAAAGGUGGAACAGCUGUUCAGGAGGACGGCUGGGCAGCAGGUUACCAAAAUUGAACGUAUCCAGGUGCCAGGGCUAUACGCUCAGUACCAAACGAAAAAGACUCAAAUGGAGAACAACCCACAAUCAACGUCGAAAAGCAAUGAGCUGCGGCUAUUCCAUGGAACUGAUGCCACCACUGUCAGCAAGGUGAUUGUCCAGGGAUUCAACCGCAGCUUUGCGGGAAAGCACGCUACCAAGUAUGGGAAGGGUGUCUACUUUGCCCGGGAUGCGUCUUAUUCUGUGAGCUACAGCCAGGCUUCAGGAGGUCCUAUCUACCAGAUGUUUCAAGUGAUGGUGCUGGCAGGGGACUAUGCUGUUGGCUCCCAAAAUUUGUUACAGCCGCCACUGCGUCCGAACAGUCAGGUGGACGUUCUGGACUCCACUGUCGACAACGUAGGCAAUCCGUCGAUCUACGUGACGUACCAUGAUUCCCAGGCCUACCCUGAGUAUCUGAUCACGUUUCAGUAGUGCAGCCAGUUACUACUAUUGCCUGUAGCGUGCAUGUCAUGUGAUAGCUUUGGAUUGCUCCAUUCACUUUUCCGGACAACCAAUGAUUUUCAAUAAAGUUCUUUGUGUACCACUGGCAUCUUUUGGACAGGUAGACGUUUUUAAUCCUUUUUAAUUUCUCUUGCUUUGCAUGUGUGUAUUCACCUCUGUGAGCAAACUUGUUUUUCCUCCAUCCCCUUAGGAGAUUGCAUCUAGAUGACAUGAAAGCUUAAACUAACAUCGCAAAAGAACACAGUUCGUUUCGUUUUAGGUACUAUCAGUAGAGUGUGGAUUGUUCCAAAGUGUACUACCGAUGGUUUCUACUCGUAAAACAACUUUGUGAAAGAGAGUUACAUUAGUAUUAUGGCUGCAUGUGAAUCUACACCAGGUGCACUCCUCCUAUGCACUUGGAACUACAUCAUAAUUUAUGCAUAGUACUUAUCUCAUUUGCUCCUCGAGAUCAUUUGUUUACUAUCAUUUCUACUUGAUAGUGCGAGCUAGAUUCAACUCUUUUCUGAAUUUUUGGAUAAAUAGAGCUUUCUAUUGUGA